CAGCCCUCGUGCCAGUCGUGAGCAGAUCUGCAACAGCUCAUUCAGCCUACACUGCUCUACCUACAGGAAGAGUUUCUUGGAAGCCGCAGCGAUUUGAGGCCGCAGGGUGGAAGAGAUUCUAGACGUGCAGGCUAGCUAGCGUGUGGGAGGGACUGUAGCAUCGCCGCCAUGGCCACCGCUUGCUCCCUGGGCAUUGUGGCCCCCAUCACUGGACUGGCUGGAGCCUCAUUGGCUCGCAAGGUUGCGUCUCCUUCCAGGCCAGCCUUGGCUAGCAGCUUCACCGGCAGGCGCGUCGCCAACAAGGUGGCCAGGUCAAACGCCCGCACAGUCUGCUUUGACGACAACUUUGAGCGCAAGUUUGGGGAGCCCAUUGUUCCCGGCAUCUCUCUCAUUGGCUGGAUCCUGCCCUCGAGCAUCCCCUGCAUCAACGGGGACAGCCUCUCCGGCCUCUUCUUCAAGUCCAUUGGACCGGAGCUUGCCCACUUCCCCACCGGGCCCGCGGCCGACUCUCCUUUCUGGUUGUGGAUGAUCACGUGGCACCUUGGCCUCUUCCUCGUCUUGACUCUUGGACAAAUAGGUGUCCAGGCCAGGAAGCAGGGUUACUUGUAAAGAAAGAUUCGUUUAGUCCUUGACUGUUCAUAAACAUUGAUAGCCAUUGCGGAGGGGACAGGUCAUCCGCCCCGCACACUUUUGAUCAAGCAAGCAUGUUGAGUCCUGGCCGACCAACCUACCGCAAUGCUCUCUCGAAAUUGAAUGACGGACAUGGUGUUCGCACCACAGGCCUGGAAUUGCAUCAUGCAACAUAUUUUCAACCAGUUCAAUGCCA